ACAAAAUCAGGAAUAGUAGCAGAUUAUUCAAGUAAUCAAGAAGUAGAAAAUGAAAAUACUGAUUAUAAUAACACUGAUGAUCUAUUAUCAGAGGAAACAACACCAGCACCUAAAAAAACAAGCACCUUAGAAUGGAAUCUUAUUGAAGAUUUAAAGCCUAUAAUUAUUAAUGAAUGGAUCAUUGAAGAUGUUAGCCUGACUGAGUCCUUCAAGCUCUAUAAAGAAUCUUCAGCAAUUAUGGCAAAAAUAAGAGAAUUAAUUGCUAAUUUCUUGGAAAAAUAUUUUGUUAAUUACAGGUCUUUAAAUACAAUAUUUCUUAUGGAGGAAUAUUCAACACAUGUAAAAUUAGGCAUACCAUCAUCAAUACAUCAAAAAGCUUUCAACCAGAUAAAGGCACUAUAUCCAAAAAUAAAUUUACCAAAAGAUAUUGUUGCAAUUGUGCAAAUAUUGCCCAUACAAGUACUAAAGAGCAAUUUGAGGAUUUAUCAGAAAAUUUAUAUGAUAACUGAAAGUAACUAUAGACCAUCAAAACAAGAAUUUAUUAAGAACUUGCAAUAG